AUGUAUACUCAUUUGGCUGUAGAUCUUGACGAUGAAACGCGACGUACUAUCUUAACUAAUAGAUGGCUCGAGAGAAAAGCACUUGACAAAUUAGGAAUAAAAUAUAAAAAAGGUAGAUUUUCGAAAGAUGAAAAAUCCAAAUUAGCUAAAGCAAUGCAAGAUUACCAAAGAAUCAAUAGUUUGUCUGAUGAUGACAUUAAAAAAUUGAUAUAUGGAAGAAAUCCAAAAGUUCAUGAAAAGUUCUGGAAAUAUAUAGCUAUGGCUUUGGGAACACGGCCAUUAAAGACUGUUUCUCAACAUAUUCAAAGGCGAUAUCAUCCAUUUAAUUAUACUGGUGCAUGGAGCCCUGAGGAUGAUAAUGAAUUAAUCAAGCUCGUCAAAAUUCAUCAUCAUGAUUGGGUCACAAUCGGAAAUGAAUUAGGGCGCAUGGGAACGCAAUGUAGGGAUCGAUGGAGAGAUUUUCUUCAAUAUAGGAAUGACAAAUUACGUGGCAGAUGGACCAAGGAAGAAGAGCAAAAAUUAAUAAAUAUUAUUGUUGAAAUAACUGAUCAAAAUGACGCAGACAUUUCUUUGGAUUGGGGGAUUCCAUGGCAACAAGUCUCAUCUUUAAUGGGAAAUACUAGAUCACCAAACCAAUGUCGUGCGAAAUGGGUCAAAGAAUUGAGGUUACAAUAUGAACUUGAUGGGCCGGUUCCAAAAUGGACAUCGUACGACAGUUAUAUACUAGUACAAAAGCUAAAUGAAUCUCAAUAUGAUGAUGAAACCUCUGUUGACUGGAGUAGUCUAAAUGACGAAAAAUGGGGUCCAUGGACCUCGGGUUAUUUAAUGAAUAUUUGGAAUCACUUAAAAUAUACCAUAAAGGAUUUUAAUAUUAAAUCAUUUAGAGAUAAUGUUAUCGAGCUUUUGGAUCGAUACACAAAUAUGCCACCUAAAAAAGGAUAUCGCUCUCGGAUGAUAAUUGAAUCUGAUGAAGAAGAUCAAAAUCAUCAACAUUCUUGCGAGCCGUCUUCAUCUAAAAUAAAUCAAUCUGCAAUAGACUCACAAUCUUCGACUGAAUAUCUAUCAACAACCUCGUCUGAAGAAUCCGAUGGAAGUUCAAGUUCAUAG